GGCGGUCUGGACGGGCCGAGGGCUCCAGCCUGCCUGUGCUCAGAGCUCUGAGCGUCAGCUGGCACCUGGACGUGCUUCCCAGUUUGUAAGUCAGCGGGGAGAGGAAGCCCGGAGGCAGGACCAUGUGGCUGCCCCCAGCUCUGCUGCUUCUCAGCAUCCCAGGCUGUUUGUCCAUCCGAGGCCCAGAGUCCGUGCGGGGCCAGGAGCGGGAGUCGGUGAGUGUGAAGUGUCGAUACGACUCCAAGUGGGAGAGCCAUAAGAAGUGGUGGUGUCGGGGGGCGUGGUGGGCUUCAUGCCGGAUCCUCGUGCAAACCCAGGGAUCGGGGCGAGAAGAGAACGGAGACCGCGUGUCCAUCAGGGACGACCAGAGAAACCGCUCGUUCACAGUGACCUUGCAGGAGCUCAGGCAGGACGACGCAGACACUUACUGGUGCGGGAUUGAGAGGCCUGGAACCGACCUGGGGGCGCAAAUUAAAGUGACUGUUGGUCCAAGGGAAGCUGCUCUGACCGUACUAGGAAGCCAGGCCUCCAGGACGAGGAACACCAGCCGUCCAGCCGCGUCCUCCCGCCCCCACAGCAGGACCCACUACAUGCUCCUGGCAUUCCUGAAGGUGCCCUUCCUGCUCGGCUUGGUCGGCGCCGUGCUCUGGUUGGAGGAACGUCGGAGGGACGUUGCAGAGCCGCAGGGUCAGCCCAUCUACGCCAACUUGUCCUCUGAGCUUCUGACCAGAGACACCCGCGUUUAGACAGACGGAUGAGCGGAGCCUUCCAACACCGCACCCCGUUUCCAGAGGAAACUCGGCUGUGGAAAGAAACACCGCGGAGUCAUGGCCGUCCCGCCCGGCUCAGGGCCCCCGCUCCCGAUGUGCGGUCCCCACCUGGAGGGCCAGCAUCUUGUUCCUGCUCCUCCAGGUUGCAAGUGCCCUGCCUAGACCCACACUCGGGGUUCAGGGCUCACAGUUGGGAGCUGCUGGGCUGGAGUCCCGGUUCAGACCAUCGUGUCCCCACUGCUGGGAGAGCUUGGGAGCAGGGCCGGGGGCCGAAGUCCAGAGAGAAGCCACAGGGGUACAGGGGAGAGGGCGAGGGGCCUCCUUCCUGAGACUGGCUCAGCGCGCUCCCUGACUGGGCUUCCGACAUAUGGGAUUUUGUAGUUUUUUUCCUUAAGCUGGGUGUUUUUUUUUUUAAUUUAUUUAUUUUUUAAUUGAAGGAUAAUUGCUUUACAGAAUUUUGUUGUUUUUUGUCAAACACCAACAUGAAUCUCAAGCUGGGUUUUGAAGGCUCGUGACCGUCACUUGACUUGAUGCACUCAUGGGCGCGUGCACACACACACACACACACACACACACACACACACACACACACACACACACCCUAAGGACGGUGAUUCUGGGGAGAGUGCUGGUUCUGGACCGUGACAGGAUGACGUCCCCUCUGCCCAGGGAGGACGCUGCUCUGUGUCCAGGGGGCUGAGGUGGGGCCCUGGGACUGGCCUUUCUCUUCCCCCUUCAUCCUCCCCCUCCCCACUCUGCUCUGGCUCCCCAGGCUCCCUGCUCCCCACCUCUCGGGGGGCUGGGCUCCCCGGGGGCUGAGACUUGGGAGCCCGCCCUUCACUUCCUCCCAGCAGCUGGACUGCAGGGUCUCCAUGGGGCCGGGGACCCUCAGAAAGUACGUCAAGGUCAGGGAGGGUGAUGUCAAAGUUGUCUGAGGGAAGGGGUGGUGUCUCUUUUAAAUAACGUGUGCAUCAGGUUAAUUAAAGUUGUCUGAGGGAAA